CCGACCGCCCUCCUAUCACGCGGCAUACACGUUUCCCGCCAUACUUUUACGAUAACUUACGCGCUAAUCCCUCAAUGUUUUGUGUUGUGACAAACGUGAUGUAAACAAUUUGAGAAUUAUCAUGUGCUUGGAUGCUUAAGUGUAUACGGAAGCAUGUCACGAAGAAAACAAGCAAAACCAAGAUCUCUGAAACCUGAAGACGAGGAAUGGAAUGAAGAGGGAAACGAGAAUGAGGAAAUGGUUACAAAUGAAGAAAAUCCAGAAGACGCAGAAGUUACAGAGGCGGACUGCGAUGAAAACGACAAGAUUGAAGAUGGUGAUAUCAAAUUGGAAGAAGAUGCCGAAGGAACUGUUAAACAGGAAAAUGAAGAUGACUACGAGGAUAAUGUGCCUGAUGCAGACAUCAAAUCGGAGAGCAUGGACAGUUUUGAAUCAGAGGCAUUGGGCAGCGUGGGCAGCGUGGCCAGCACGGCAGGCAGCUCGUGGCCGUCUUCGACGGAGCCGUCGCCUUCGCCGGCGUCGACGCCGACCUCCGCGGACGCGCCCGACGGCGACGCAGACGGCGAACCACCCUACACGCUCGGCGCCACCGAGCACACACCCUACCAGUGUCCCUUCUGCGACAAGGCCUUCCCUAGGCAUUUCUAUCUCAAGAAGCAUGAGCAGACGCAUUCGGACCAGAUGCCGUUCCGGUGCGAGUUCUGUUCGCGGCUGUUCAAGCAUAAACGAUCGCGGGACCGGCACGUCAAGCUGCACACCGGCGACCGCAAGUACCGCUGCGCUCACUGCGAGUCUGCAUUCUCCAGAAGUGACCAUCUGAAAAUCCACAUGAAGACGCACGACAAUCAGAAGCCGUUCCAGUGCACGGUAUGCAACCGCGGCUACAACACGGCGGCCGCGCUCACUUCGCACAUGCAAGGCCACAAGCGCGACCGUGCGACCCGUGACCCGCGCGAGACCAGGGACCACGACCGUCGAAGGACCACGCGCUGUCUGCAUUGCGGGGACGCUUUUCGAAGGCCGGAAAUGCUUCAGGCCCAUAUGGCGACAGCGCAUGGCAUGGACGCGGCUUCCCUGACUCCGCCACGUCGCGUCGCCUCCCAGCCGCCACCGACGCUGCUCGCGUGCAUAUACUGCACCCGGGACACCUUUACUAGCAUGGAGCAGCUGCAACUGCACGUCCGCGCGGCGCACUCCGCGCUGUUGAAUGGCGACGCCAUAAUGACCCCGGCCCUGGAGCAACCGACGCCUACCGACCUCAGUCGGAGAACUAGCGACGACGUCACAAUCGCGAAACGUCCCAAAUCAAGCUCAGAAUCGACAACGCCCCAAACGGCGCUAUCUCCGAGUACACUCUUAUGUAAUCAGUGCGACGCAGCCUUGCCAGAUUUCGAAGCUUUUAGAGCUCAUGUGAAAGGGCAUCUCGAAGAAGGCGGGGAGCUGAGCCGCUCGAGCCCCGCGCCCUGCGUGCACUGCGGCGCCACGUUCGCGGACGUGGCGGCGACGGAGCGCCACCUGGCUGCACACUACCUCGCCGUCUCCUGCGAGUACACCUGCCACAGCUGCGUGCGCAGCUUCCCCACGCCGGACGACUUGCAGAAACAUCUCUUCGACCUACACGCUCAUCAUUUGUACCGCUGUUCUCUUUGUAAAGAAGUCUUCGAUUCCAAAGUAGCUAUUCAAGUGCAUUUCGCGGUGGCGCACAGCGGCGAGAGCAAGGUGUGGGUGUGCCGGCCGUGUGGCGCGGGGGGUGGUGGGGGUGCGGGGUGCACGAUGCGGUCGGAGGCGGAGGGCGCGGCGCACGUGCGGGCGCGACACGGGGGCGCGCGGUGCCGCUGCGGAGCGCUGCUGGCCGCACCGCGCAGGCACUAUCGCUGCCCCGCGCCCGCCUGCCCCGACACCUUCGCCGUCCAGUACCUGCUCGAGAGGCACAUGCAAAUGCACCACGCUGUCAUGCAACAGACAUUGAACGGCGAAAUGGUCCGUCCAAAGCGCUUGGACAACAACAAUGUGGAGGGCGAGGACGCGUGCUCGCCGUGCGCGAGCGGUGCGGGAGGUGUGGGAGGUGCGGGAGGUGCGGGCGGCGUGGGGGGCACGGGCUCUUUGGCGGGCGAAGGUGUGGGUGAGGAACGGCGCAGGAAGAACGGUGCGGUGGCGCUGCAGUGCGCGUACUGCGGGGAGCGCACGCGCAGCCGCGCCGAGCUGGAGGCGCACACGCGCGCACACGCCGGCGCCGCGCGCCACAAGUGUCUCAUCUGCGACGAGGUGCUGCCCUCCGCGGGCGUGCUAGCGGAACAUAAGCUAUCUCAUUGCAAGGUUAUCGCCGGAGACACGUGUUCGCGAUGCCGAGCAAGACUUCCGUCCGAGGAGGCGUUCCUCGGUCACAUGGCGCGGCAUCAUCCCGCGCUGCCCGCGCCCUGCGUCGUCUGCCGCCAGACGCUCGCCUCCGAGGCCGAGGCACGCCUCCACGCGCGGUUCCAUCUGCGGCCGAACGACGACGAGCAGCGCUGCGCGAUCUGCCUCCGGCCGCUUACGAAGAGCGAGACCGGCGAGGGGGUGCGGGCGUGCUCCGCGUGCUACGCGCGUCACGCCACGCCGCGGCCCGCGCCCGCCGCCGACCACGACUGCCGGCUGUGCAGGCGCUCGCUGGGCUCGCCCACGCGGCUGCAGGCGCACCUCAUCGAGCACACGUUCGCGGGCAUCGGCGCGUUCACGUGUUACCUGUGCUCGGCGGUGUUCACGAGCGCCGCGGGUCUGCAGCGCCACCUGCCCGAGCACGCCGCCGCGCCGCGACCCUACGACUGCGCGCGCUGCGGACUCAAGUUUUUCUUCCGCGCCGAGCAUGAUAACCACGCUUUUGUGCACAUCGAGGAGGCGGAAAUGCGCCACCUGCCCGAGCACGCCGCCGCGCCGCGCCCCUACGACUGCGCGCGCUGCGGACUCAAGUUUUUCUUCCGCGCCGAGCUUGAUAACCACGCUUUUGUGCACAUCGAGGAGGCGGAAAUGGCCCAGAGGGCGUUUUAUGAGGCUUACGCGAGGGGUGCUGCGUCGGCGUGGGCGGCCCUCGCGCCGCCGCCACCGGACGCGGCGCCCGCGCCCUCGGUAUCGACACCGGUCCCGCUCGCCGCCGAACAUCCGGUUAAAAUAGAACCGGAAAUAAAAGAAGAGCGAAAUACCGAGGAAUACAUAGAAGUGUCGUCACCCCCGCCCCCCUUGGCGCCGGCCUCCCCCGCCGCGGUGGUGAAGCAGGAGCACGGAGAGCAGGACUGA